CUAAAUAUGCUAAUGACGAUGUCACCCAGCCAAGUGCUGGUAAAACUCUCCGCUUGAGACCUGCCUCUUUUCGUACCAUUUCCCGCCACUACUCCCCCUGCAAAAUCGUGCGUCGCAGUUUUGUCACAAUUGCACGAUGCCAAGCUGUCUUCUCCCCAUCUCAUCGUAUACCAGCCAGAACCCAGGAUACCUCUGACCCCUCUUAUUGUUCGACAUGUCACUUACGGUGCUGAAAUGAUAUGUCCCAUUCUACCAUGACAAUGGCUUCCAACAAUGGGACAAAGAAACUGCAAGUAGCCAUUGUUGGCUCUGGUAUGGCCGGGCUGGUUACCGCUUACCUCCUUUCGAACGAUCCUCACCAACGGUAUGCGGUCAAAAUUUUCGAGUCGGGCAAAACACUUUCCCUAGACUCCGCCUCCGUCUCGAUACCAAAUGCCACGAAAACGGCCUUCAAUCGCGUCGAUCUUCCCAUGCGCGCAUUCGCGGGCGGCUUUUACAGUAACUUGAAGGCAAUGUACGAUCACCUAGGCGUAAAAUACCAUUCACAACCCUUCCUCUUCGAGUUUGCAAAAUCGCCGACAAAGCUGGGUUCGCGGCUACGGUCGGAUUCGCAGUCGCAGUUGCCGGCGUCCUCAUACUUCGUUCAUGCUUCGAACCUGCAUGAGACACCGCCUCCGCGCCCCCGCGCCCUGCCAUUUAUAUCGUAUAUACUCGAAGUCGUAUAUUUAUUGGUUUGCUAUGCAUGGUUCUCGUUGUGCUGUUUCUUGGUGGCACCCUUGGACGGGCUGCAAGGUGCUGAAUCGUUGGAAGAGUAUUUGCGGAGAACUUGGGUCCCGGAAUAUUUUAUAUCCUACUAUGUCUUGCCGCUCAUCUCGAGUGUCACGACAUGUCCGCAUCAAUCAUUGCUCGGGUUUCCAGCCAGUGAUGUGAUCGGUUACAAGCGGAGGACGCAUAAUGCACCGCAUUACACGGUAUCGAACGGCGUGAACACUGUUCAGGAGCGGCUUAUAAAGGGCGUCAAUUACGAGCUUUCUGCACCAAUCUCGAAGGUGACACCUACUGGAAACAGGGUGAAACUAACGUGGAAGAAGGUCGACAGUAAUGAUGCCGAGGAUCAGGAAGAAACCUUUGAUAAAGUGAUCAUGGCUGUGGCUCCGGACAUUGUUGGCCAAAUAUUCGGGCCUUUGCAGCAUUUCAUGCGAAGGAUACCCACUGUGAUGGUGGAAAGUGUUGUCCACUCGGACAAGACAAUGUUGAAGCAAGGCUCGAGCCUGGAACAAAGAAAGAGCAGGCUUGGCGCACAACUGAUAUAUCUACGGACGACGACCGAUAAUAUCCAUCAGACGGAGUCUCAUCAUGUUCAAAAUUGUGGUUCUAUUGUUACGACCUGCCCGAUCGAUAAAAUCGAUGACGAGCAUACGAUCCAUUCAGCGACAUUUACUCGAGUACUUCGAACCCCGGAGAGCAAGCGCAUUGUAAAUAGCAUUUUUAGAGAUACCCCUAAUUUUGCGGGAGCAGAGAAGUCUAAUUCCCUUUGGAAGAACGGCGAUGAUAACGUCUUCCUGGUAGGAGGUUGGUGCUGGGAUGGAAUGGUGCUUCUGGAAGGCUGCAUCGUAUCUGCGAUGCGUGUUGCCAAUGCUCUUAAUGUUGAGAUACCCUGGAAGUCUUGAUCUAGGAUAGCGAACAUAUCUAAUAGUUGAACGUAAAUGCGCUGUAACCUAAAUCUAUGUCGAUGGCGUGAAUCGUAGUUCAAUGUAAAAUACGUUGUACCGG